AUGCUGGAGGCAGAUGCAGACCCGGCAGGUCAAACAGCUGAAGGAGACGCAGAGGCAGAGAUGGGGUGCAGAGACACGAGGGCCGAGGUGGCGAGGCUGACUCUGGAGCUCCAGGAGGCCACGGAGGAGAAGCUACAGGCGGCUCGGUAUGGCCUGGUGGUGCUGGAGGAAAGCGCGGCCCUCAAGAUGAAACACAGGCAGCUGGAAGAGGAGCACGAGGCUCUGAAAGCCGAGCUCCAGCAGCUCAGAGAGGUAGGAGCACCGGAGGCGUUUAGUGAUGUUUAGACAACAGAAGACUUUGAAGUUCUUAUUCCCACCGUGUUUCUACAAGAGCAUAAUACACCGUUUCAGUUUUUCUUGGACACACCUUUUGUUCUUUAACUUAACUGCACUGUAUCAUUGUGUAUUCUGCCGUCUUACAUGGCUCUGUUUUUAUUAUAUCUCAGACCAAUUUGCGCAGUGAUGAAUUAGCUGAUAUCAAGUCUGAAACAGGAAAUAGUUCUUCCUGGUCCAGCCUGCCUAGUCAGUAAUCUCAGAGAUUUUCCGGGUGUUUCUUUGUUUCUCGUCAAAUACAAUAAUGGCUGUCAUUGUGUUGUAUGAGGGGGAAUACACGCCUGUUAUUUCACUGCCGCAGACUGGUAUAAAAAAAAGGCACAAUGACGCUGUGAAAUCAUGCCAUUGUAUUUUUAAUGAUAUUAAACAAAAAUGCUGAUGUCGUUUUCCCAUGAUGCAGUUGGCAGAAAUCCAAAGCUGUAAUCUGUCACUUGGUGUUGCAGCAGGGUCUGAAAUAUACCUGUGACAAAACGGAGGGUAGAUUUAGCAUUUGUCGAGUAUACCUGCAACUUCUGUGUCCUGCUCUUCUGGUUUCUGCACGAUGGGACUGUGUGUGCUGUGCUGACACAUGGCAAACAUAAUGAAAAUGUCACCGUACCCUGGUGUGUACAGAGUCAGCAGGUAUUUCAAAUAUGUGGAAUAAAUGGGAAUUUACUUUGCUGUCUAUAAGGACUAAACCAUGACAUUUACAUUUUAUAAGAGAGAAGGAAAGGACUGUGGAUGAAUUUGAAUCUUUAAAUGUUUCAAGGAUUAUCUAGGAGCUUUUGAAACACUUUCUGGUGACUAGGCAAUAUUGUGAAAUUUUGAUAUCAUGAUAUUGGUGGCCCAAAAUAGAACGAUUCACAAUGUUAGCACACUGCUUUUAACGUUAUUAAAAAUGGCAAAAAACUACGAAAUCACUUCUCUGUGCACAGCAUGACACACAUAUACAAUGUGAGCAAGAGGCAGCUAACGCGACGUUGGGAGCAUUAGCUUUUUUGGAGCUAAAGUUAGCAGAAACGUCACUAACGUUGUCAAUAAUAAGCAGCAGAGUAGACCAAACUUGUUGUGGUCAUGUUGUUUUUACCUUGAUUUGUUCUCUGUCCGGCUGCAUCGUUACACUGGUUGGAAGUUGGAACAUGUGCGUCAAAUUUUUUUUUCUUCUUCAAAACUGUUUCCGGUUUACAGAGUGGACACGCUCCAACAGUGCACAAUGCAUUGUGGGUGGCCACACGUUUUGUUGUAAAAUUUCUUCAUUUUCUCUUUUAAUGUUCCCGUUUUUGUUAGGCUGGCAUUAAUGUACUUAAUUCGAGAGUUUGUUUUGGAUUUGAGACUACUUUUGUGCUGGUUUGUUUGUACAUUUUGCUACCGAGGCUUUGACACCGUGGGUAAGACUACAAGCGGGUUAGGUUGGUAAGUACUUGGCUUCUGCUGAGUGACGCUGCCACUCGUCUUUAAAUAAAAUAUUGCAAUCAAAUCAUAUAUCAGCCCAUGCCCAUUUGUGACCUGUUGAUUUCCCUUUGACCCUCUGUAUGGCUCUGAUACUUCUUUUUUUCUCACUUGUAUCCAGCUGUAGAUUGAUAAACCGUUUAACAGCUACAGUAAACUCUGCGUACAAAGACACUGUUGUUGUCUCAACAUGAAUGACGCACAACAUGAAUGACGCACAACAUGAAAUCGGUUGCUCAUCCCUUUAGCCCUUUAUGAAAACAGUCAUCUUUUCGCUGCCACAAUGACAGGUCCACCCCGGCUGUGCCCUCUCAUUAUUCUCUCAAUGAACAGACUCGUGGUCGCACGCUGAGUCACUUUUGCUCAUCUGAUGCUGAUGCUGGUGACAUCAGAAGAAGAAAAGGACUGUUUUUGUGAUGAAGACGCCGUCAUCCCUAACCAGUUAGUCAGCAUGUCCGGUGCUUUUGACGUGUCACAUUUUCUCGACUCAUCUUAAACUGAUUCGGAUGUAUAAUUGCAGAGAAUUAUGGGUAGAAUUGGGUAAACAUCGGAUAAUCAGAAUAUAAAGAUUAAAGCAAUAUGUCAAAAAAACAAAUCCCUAUUUAAUCCGUGUCCUCACAGAUACAUGAAAACUCUGACAGAUGGUCUUUGCCUGUUUGUGUUAAACAAGCGGAGCAUUUUUAAAUUCUCUGUCCCUUUAAAGUAAUCAUCUUGGACUGAUGUGGAGUGGGUUAAUGUUGUUUCUUUGAAACAAAGCACCAGAUGGGCUUUGACUGUAUCUAGUAUUGCUGAAACGGGCUUUUGAAACUGAUUUAUGUAAGAAGCAAAUCCACAAAAUUCAAUCCUAUCAAGAGGAACAGAUUUCUGGUUUUGUAAUUAUUCCACCCACCUGUCCAAACUGAGAAGGAAAAAAAAUCCUGCUUACAAGGAGUUUGGUUCACAGCCAAAAAUCUUGUGGCAGAGUUACUCGAAACAUGCUGAUGUUUUAUAACUGCACGUCAAGCAAAGCUCUUUAUGUUUGAAGGGACAUAGUGGUACAGAAUGUCAGCUAUUUUUUGUAAUCUGCGUAAACCUCGUUUCUUGGCCGUUUACCUACCCAGGCUUUGGCAGGGGUUUUAAUCAUGCAGGGUAGACUCAUGUGUUGUGAAUUAGCAUCAUUAUAUAAGCACAUCAGGAUGUUUACUAGAGCAUGUUCAUUUCUUGUAACACCACAUUUGAUCGGUCUUUCAUUAGCGGAUAUUAGCGCACACGGUAAUGUGUGAAGUGUACGAGCUCAUGCCCAGCUGUUAGGAGACGUUUGGUGUUUCUGUUUCAAAUUUAAUGUAGUAAAAAAUCACAGACAAAAGGAAACAGAGCGGAAAUGGCUGUUCAUGUCUGUGGUGUCUCGUUACCAAAUGGUGUCAGUGAUUUCCUUACUGUAAUUUCAUUGUCGAGCAUGGUUUCAGUUCUGUUUCUCUUCCUACAUCUGUGUAAAGCAGGAUGACUUCAAUCGUCUUAAAGUCCUGCAGGGGUUUUCACCUAAACCGACCACCCUGUUUUUUUCCCUUGAUUCAACCAGAGCCCCUUUCUAAACCUGUUUUUGUUUGGGCACAGGCAUUCGCGGAUUCUGUGAGCAGCCAGAAGCGUGCAGCUGCAGAUGGAGAGUGCCGGGAGGAGAGCCUGCUGCAGGAGACUGCCACGAAGGAGGCUGCCAUGGCAACCCGCAUAGAAGAAGUCCAGACAGAGCUCAAGCAAGUCCGCCUCGCUCUGAGCAAUGCGCACGCAGAGAUCGAGAGACUGGGGGUGUUCUCCACCCAGUUAAAAAAGGUUCGAGCAAUUCCCCCCAGUACACCUUCACUCUGUUGUUCUUCUUCUGCACACCGUCAGGCCUCUUUUGUUUGUACAUAAGGUGAAAUCCUGGAUCUCAGGAGGAUUGUUUAUAUUCCAGUAAAAAGAAGUGUACACAACACAAAUUUGUACUCGUACUGUAAACUUUGCACUGAUUUGAUUGUUGGUUUUAUUUACAGGAGUGCGAGUGUCUGGAGGCAGAAAAGGGCCACAUGAGGGAUGAGAUAAAGGAAUAUAAAGUACGUGAGCUGCGUCAGUUGCAGGACAACGGCGAGCUGGAAGAGGAAAACAUAUCCCUGCAAAAACAGGUGUCUGUGCUGAAGGAAAACCAGGUCAGUCAUCACCACAAGUACAGCCACAUUAAAAACAUGGCAGUUUACCUUCUUGAUACAGAUUCAGAAAUAACCCAUGAAUAUUUCUUAUUGUAAUGAUCCCACUCCACUGUUUGACUCAUUUGAUAACAAAACGCAGGUAAGCGCUUUCAAACACACGUUCAUCCGGUCACUCAUGUACGCCCUCCGCCACUUUCCCCCCUCGCACUUUUUCCCGCAUGACAGCAAAACUGCUUGGCAUGCGACGACUAAUCUCCCUCACGUGUCUGUUGACAUAACUUCACCACUGAGAUACAAACAGGCCGAGGCUGAAGAGACUGGACAGGCCCGUUUCUCAGUGAUUCACGUUGUUGCUAUCCAGAUUGAGAUGCUCCAGCCUCAUCGCAGGACAAUGUUUCUUUCACUUGUGAAUCCUCAGUGCGGCUGCUUCCCCUGAGAUCAUUUCUGAGGCUAUUUGCUGUUUAUAUGAGAUCACAGAAUGAAUUAUAGCAGGAUGACAAGACGAUUUUUGCUCAUUUUAACAUUGAGUCUAAGUCUCGGUGUUAAAAAGUCCUCAUAACGGUCUUCUUGUGGGUUGCUGUAUAAUGUACGUUGCAUAAUAACACAACCCACAUGGCUAUGAUGCUGCAUUAUUAUUUUUUCUUGGAUUCUCGAGGGUGUGAAACAAGUUAUUUGUAUUCAUGGAAGGAUUUUAGUCCAACAAAGUUAAAGUAAAAGAAGCUAACUGAAUGGCACAAUUAUAUUCAGGAUAAAUGUUGAAUCUCUCUUCAUGUCCAUCUGUUAGAGUGAGUGUAACUCGCUGCUGACCAUCACUAGCAGAGCAUUCUGUGACUGUAACACCUUUCAGCUGGCUCUGCUGAUAAAUACAUUUGCAUGUCGGAGCCAGAAUGCGCACCUAUCUGUGUGGCAUCCAGCGAUAACAGCCCUCCCACUCACAGGUGUCUGCUUGUGCUCUUUAUCGCUCCCUCAGGUGGAAUUCGAAUCGAUAAAGCUGGAGCUAACCCAGAAGAACGAGGAGCAGGAGGAGCUGCGAGCUCAGCUGGAGGAGGCGGCCAGGCUGCGGGAGAUCGCGGAGAGGCAGCUGGAUGAGGCCCUAGAAGCCCUGAAGGAGGAGAGGGAGCAGAAGAACAGUCUGCGGCGGGAACUCUCCGCCCUGACCCUUAACCCCUUCGAUUCCGUGGGGAACCUGGAGCUCCACUUAGAGAAUCUGGAUGACAGCCAGGAGGAGGGCCAGGGGGGAGAGGGAGAAGUCGAGGGAGAGGACCAGGACAGUGGCAUUAAUAAUGGUCCUGGGACCGCUCCCGGUUCUGCUCACCCUCCUCACUCGGGCGGCUCAAAAAGUAACGGCCUCAUCCAUCGCUACUCGACUCCACGCAACAGUGACGUGUUUCUGCGCGCCCCGGCCUCCGGGUUGGUGUCGGACCUGCUGAGCGAGCUGCACUUCUCGGACAGCCAGAAACUAAAGCAGCAACUUCUACAGGUGAGCAACAACAGGAGCAAAUAACCUGCUGGUAUCAAAGUAUUCAUACAACUGAAUUUACAGCGAUACUUCUGUAUGACGCACAACAGUGUCACCAGCAAACAGACUGAUGUUUCCACUGAUUGUUAAAGCCUGAUACCACUGUGAGGGUGUGUGUGUGUGGCAGACCAGACGACUGACCGCACUGAAGAAUGAGCCCUUACUCUGUGACGGAGAUUGAUGGUUAAUGAUCUAAAGAAAGCAGAACUACAUUAUCUUUAGUAAACAUCAUGUACUUCUGCUCAGGACAGGAUCAGUAAACAGACAAGCGAGAUUCCCACGUCCUCAGGAAGUGCUAAAAUCAAUAUAAGUCCCCCACUGGAGCUUUAACACAGAAGAUUUCAUUAUCUGAAGAAGUGACGCUCUUAAACAUCAAAAAUUAAACAAAUGUGAGGGUUAUGAGCUACAAAGGAGUGACUGUUUUAGGACGUCUGGAGGCGACAGUGUGAGAUGAUAAUGUUUGUUUAGAGACACUGAGAUCAGCCUGGAGGUCUUGAACCUCAGCAGUGAGCAAUGUUUGUUGUUUGUGUUUAUUUACAAGCUCUGAUACACCUUUAAAUAUGAAACAGCUUUGAAUCAAAUCAAUCAAUCAAAUUUUAUUUAUAUAGCACCAAAUCACAACAACUGUUAUCCCAAGACCCAACCUUAACCGAUUAAGACCUGAACCCUGUCUGAGACACGCCUCUGAAACCCUGAGGGCAAUUUUGAGAAGGGCCCUGAGAUCCUAAGGUUUUCUAAAGUGUUGAGGUUUACAAAAAAAGCUGAUAUCUCGGCCUCUGUAACAGAUAGAAACAAAAUUCAAAAAGUAUUUGAGAGCUUUCACAUGUGACUUUCAAGAAAACUUUAUUUUAUUUGUCCAAACCUUCAUCACGUUUUUGAAAACCUUGAACAAACAAACUGAAAUGAAAUAAAGCGGCUGUGUAAAUAAAAGUAAAGACUCUGCACUGGAGAAUAACCAACAACUAUAAAAAAUUACGAUUACAAAUAUAAAAAAUAAAGUGUUGAAAGGGUAUACAGCUGCCCCAGUAUAGUGCCAGUACAAAAGCAGAACUGAAAACAAAAUAAAUAAAUAAGUGGUUGACUGUGUGUUCAUCAACACUCACAGGAAACACCGAUAGUAUGAGCCAAAGCACUCAGUAUGAAGAGGUCGUUCACACUGCUGGAUGCUUCUCCACAGAAGCUGCUCUCUGCCUCCAUCAUUGUUUACUUUCCUCACGAAGCACGUAGCAAGAUCCGAGCAUGAAUCCAUUUGUUUUAUUAAGCUUUAUUAGCCCAUCAGAGGCAGACGGAUAUGAUGAUUUGAUUCGCCACGACUCUAGAAAUGAUUGAAAAACUACAGAAUGUUACAAAAUGAAGUAUCCACGCUCCCGGGUUGAAGGGUAGAAAUGCGUACAUGCUGUCCCAGUUUAAAUGGGUUAAGAUGGGACAGAUUUGACCCAUCUCAUCUAACAUGAGUGACAGAGGCAAGAAAAACUUCCUUUUAAGAGGCAGAAACCUUUGGAAGGACCAGACUCAUGUCAGCCUCCAGUUAACAGCUCAUAGUUGGAUUCGUUCCUGGUUAGGGUUUUCUUCCUGUGUCUCUUUUUAAAAGCUGUGUCCACUCUAAUACCAUGUUAGUUUAAUUCUUCUCCUCUCUCACUGAUGUUUACGGCCCACACAUGAUGUGCUCUAAACAUCCGUGUUCACAGUUAUCUUUACAAGGUGAAAGGCCGAUUAUUUGGCCAUCAUGUCUGCUCGCCUCUUACAAAAUCUAACUGAACUGCGGAGAAGCUGUGCCUGUUUUUAAACAGUGUUUGUGUAGCCGUCACCAAGUCGACUGAACCUUCAUUCAUUACGUAGUAAAUCCUGAUAUAAGUAACAGCAUAAUUUGAGCUGAACUUAAUAAUAAUACCUUGUAUACUUCUGCCAACACCGUGCAGUCAUUAUUAGGGAACAGGGUGUGUAUUUAAAGUCCUCUCUGAUUCAGUUGAUUGCAUUUUUAUUUAGACAGCUGUUCCAACAGUCCACCCUUUCAUCAAACUGGGUUCUGUGAGGUUUUCACUCAGCCCCGGUCUGUCGUGUGUCUCGGCUGCGUCUACUGCUUCCUGCUUUAAAACCACAUCCGCUGUCAGCUGGUAAAGGAGCGAGUCUUUCUACGAUAUUAAAAACCACCUGGCAGCUCAUCGCGCCGUCACCUUCACUAAUCAUUUCUGACAUCUAGUACCUGAUACAGUCUUCCCACAUUUAGACACUCAAGAAAAUGAGCCAAGUCUGAAGCUGCUGUCUAUCUUUGUCUUUUAAAAUACAUUAUUUAGGAUGCUCUCAAAUUGGGGGGUUGGGUUAGCAAGCCUCUGCACACCAGAUGUUGGGGGUGUAGAGCUGAAGAGGGUCAUCCAUAAAAUAUUCAUGGAACACCGGUAGCUGAGGGGGUGAUGUUUGUAACAAAGCAACUGUCCUUUUUUUUAACUUGGAAUGAUCAAUACUCAUCAAGCCUUCUGCCCCGGCCCAGAAUUGACAUGGAUUUUCUGUGUUUUUUGUGUGUAUUCAGGCAGAGCGGGAGAAGUCCAGUCUCGCUGGUAAGGUUGAGGAACUGCAGAUGCAGCUGGUGAUGUCCAAACAGGCUCUCAGCCAGCAGGAGGACAAAGUCGGAUCCCUCACCCAGCAGCUAGAGGCCGUGCAGAGCAGCCAGAAACACCACCAUGACGCAGACGACAGGGGAGACGAGGAGACAGAGAACGGAGACGACACCGUUUUCGACUACGAGGUAGACACCAAGAGUAAGGAGGUGCUGGAGGCGCGUAUGAGAUCAGCCAGCGAGGAGCUCCUGAAGCUGAGGGAUGAACUGUCUCAAGCGGGAACCCGGUACAACGUCCUGGAGCAGCGAUACAAGCAGGAGAAGGACCGCUGGAGGGCAGAGGCCCAGGAGCUCGCCGACAAGAUCCGUCAGUGCAUCAAGUCCAGCAAGCAGGACCAGGAGCGCAUCAGCGAGCUCGAGAAGGAGAUCGGAGCCACGAGGAAGGUGGCGAUCGAUUCUGAGGGCCACUUAAGCGUCGCUCAGGAGGAGCUGCUCGCUUUCUCCGAGGAGCUGUCCAACCUCUACCACCACAUCUGCGUGUGCAACAACCUCACGCCCAAACGAGUCACCUUGGACUAUUACCGCGAUGGAGCCAGGGCGAGCGGCGGGGGAAGCGCACGGAGGUCACACUACGCCUACCCUCAGCAUAACACUCAGAAGAAGCCGAAAGCCAACGACAUGUUCAUCUCCAAAGCUGCGGCGCUUCAGUUCAUGGGAGAGGUGGACAGCGCGGGGACCAGCACGGAGUCCCCGAGUUGCCCCGGAUCCCCCACUCUGGAUUUCAGGGACCCCUCGAACGUCCGCAACUUGGUCGCCGUCAUCCGCUGCCAGAUCAAACACCUCCGGGUAAGGCGGUAUUUCUGAUCACACACAGUAUGUCAGACAUGUUUAAGACUGCUCUACUCUUCCUCAGUCACUGACACUCUUCGCCGUGAGCUUCGCAGCUUUUCCUCCUUCACAAAUUUCCUCCUGAAACUAAUGCUCAGCUCAGACUCGUUAAUGGACUUGAACAGCUCCUGUGUCUGUUCAAAUCCAACACCUGAGCGGACCUGGUAGACACGUGUGAGAGUUUGUGUGUGUGUGUGUGAGGGUUUGAAUGGAUUGGAUUACCACGGGUCAGAGUUGAGGCUUUCACUACAGAGAAUCCUUUCAGAAAACAUCAGUGUCUGCUGGAACACUGUGAAAUACACCUUUAGUUCCUGGUUUAUAAUGAGGUUUUAGAUGCAUGUUCUCCAAUUGUUAAUAUACUGUUUAUGUAAAAGAAACAGUCUGGUCUAAGACAAAGCGUUUCUGUCCUGUCAUGAACAACUGGUCUUUGUGUCCUCUUAGGUCGCAGUGGACCUCUGUCGUCAGAGAGGCGCGAUGCCGUACUCCGGUCUGAGCAGCAGCGGAGAGGCAGAGCGGGACGCCGAGAGCCUCAUGGAAGAAGUGCUCAAGCUCAAGUCUCUCCUCAGCACCAAGAGAGAGCAGAUCGCCACUCUGAGGACGGUCCUCAAGGCGAACAAACAGGUGUGUUUCUGCUGGCACUACUACGCUGGCAGCACGUCAAUGUUUACACUGUAUUAAAGCUGCUUUGACCCGGCGACAGGUUAGUAUCCCAGUGCAGGCUGUCGCACCAGAUCAACUUGGCUCCUGCUGCUCCAAAACACACGAUCAUGUCAUAUUCAAGGUCUUAUUGUGGAUUUUUUUGGCUCCUAUCAUGUCAAAUAAGCCGCUCUUGUUGAUUUUUCUGUCUCUGCUUUUUCAUCAUUUUUGAAGUUUUUGUAGAAUCGUACAAAAAUCUCGAUAAAGAUUCAUCAAAAUCUGGAUUUUAAGUCCUGCUCUGAUGAGGCAAAAGAGCAGUGCCUCAUCGUCCUCCGCAUGACGUCGACACACGCAGUGCGUUUGACCUCCUGUCUGUCAACAGUGUCUCGUCUAGACAGUCCCUCGGGCUCACGAGCUCCUGCACCUUUAUUACAGUAUGCGGCUGUUGUUGCUGCUGCUCUCCUCCGAGGCUGAUCCCUCCUUCCUCUCCUCUUUCCUGUGCCUUGAGCACUGCGUGACCCGCUUCUGUCAUUCUCUUAUCUCUCACUCUCCCUUACACACACGCAAACACACACACACACAUAGACACACACAGAGGUAAUCUGUUUGGCCGGACAGCGCUCACCUACAGUGAAAUCACCCCUCAGGGCUAAUUUCCAGGAACAUAUUUGCCUUUUUGCUCUUGUCAGCAGACGUGAUCAGAGUUCAACAUGUGUGACUGUAACACUAAUAGGAGCUUUGAAGUCACACGUAUCAAGAAGGUGACAAUCCUUUGACAGAAACACUGACAGUCCUGUUUUGUUCUGUUGUUGUCACAUGAGAAAAGUACCAUUGGGUAUAUUUAAACUUGUUUGGUGUCAUCUACAGUAUUGAAAUUAUGGUGUUUUGUAUUUUAAUAACUCAUUUAAAAGGGAAAUAAUGGAGCUCUUGUCUUCUUGUUUAACUGCAGACUGCUGAGCUGGCCCUGUCCAAUCUGAAAACCAAGUACGAGACGGAGAAGAGCAUGGUGUCCGAGACCAUGAUGAAGCUGCGCAACGAGCUCAAAGCCUUGAAGGAGGACGCUGCCACCUUCUCGUCACUGCGAGUCAUGUUUGCCAGCCGGUAAGAUUCCCUAUGUGGGAAAACACUCUUUUCAUCAGCAGGUUUGUAAAGUAGGUUUUUGAUUUCAUGAAGGUAUCCUCGAACCCAAAAUGUGAAGUCCGAUUAUCUGGACUGGACUGGACUUUGCCCCCUUUGCUAGUGUUUCUCCGUGCUUAGCGAUGGCGCUCUCAUUGUGGCACAGGAGCUCUUCGCUACCAGCCUUGUAAUAAGCUUAUCAUGCGUAUUACGCCUGUGGACAAUCCACCGGUUCACGUGAAGAUUAUGGACCACAUGCUCUGCCCUGUGCCGACACACAGGCAAGGAGGAGGAGGAGGAGGAGGGAAGGAAGGACAGAUUUUUCUCAUCAAGCCAGGUCACCUUAGGGACGGAGAGGCCUAAUGUUGGCGCCGGUUUGGCGGGACUUUAGAUAGGAUGCAAAGGUGCUAUCAAGGGUUAAAAUCUUUCACCUCCAGCCACUAAUCACUAACCUCUUCUUAGAAAUCAGCUGGCAUGGACGAGUGUUUGGAGGAGUGUUUCGCUUUGGGCUGAUGCGAACUCACAGGUCCUUUUUCCAAGUCAUUUGAUAAAAUACCAGAUGAAUAAAUGUCGCAGAAGCUUAGCGGUCACGUAUUAAGAGUCUAGGCUGUCUCCAGACAGUUAUGAGCCAGCAUUUAAUAACCCUUAAGAAGGAUUGGAGAACAGACUGUGGUCAAGGACUACAGCAGUCUGUUGCAGCAGGCUAAAGAUUACAGCUUUGAGUGAUCCUGUUGUUUGAAGUUUAGAUCAGUGGCGCCAUCGUGUGGACAGAUGGAGAAACUGCAUUUAUGUUUCAUCCACAUGGACUUCUUUGUCAUUUGUAUGGAAAAUAGAUCAGCCUUUAGCAUCAGUGCACACACUAUUUGAAAAGUAAAAUCUGUUUUUGCACCUAGUUUGAAGAUUUUAUUUCUAAUAUAUUUUUAAACCUACAUGAGGAUAUCCCCGUAUGCCUUUAAUUGUAUUUGCGAUUACUUCAGAUUCAGAUUCAGACAACUUUAUUCAAACACACAAAUCAGCAGACAAACAGAGCAGACAUUAAUAGCAGCCAGUAGAAAACCACAUUCCCUCUUCAGUACUCACAGAUCAGCAGGAUCGGCAAUAAAUAGCUAAAUAAGUACAAUAAGCAGUCAGGUUCCACAGAGCAAUGGUUAAAAUAUAAUGAGGUCCACAAGUAUGAGACACAAGAUAAGAAAUAAAACACUCCCGACGCUCCAGUUCAGCACAGACCACAUAUGACCAUCAGCCGACUUCCUGGCAUUUAAAAGCCUGAUGGCUGAGUGGAUAAAAGAGUUUGAGUAUCUGUUUGUUUUCCUCGCCGCCCAGAAGGCAUAAGAAGAAAGUCAGAGAACAGGAUAUUGUCCAGGCUGAUCCAAAAUUCCUCUGGCUUUACUUUACUUAGUUUUAACAUUGAUUUAUUGAUUGGAAACCCUAAGCAAUAAGAUUAAUCUAUCACUGCUUUGUCACAGCUGCUGUUUUGAAUUUGCUCCGCCUCACUUAAAGCUCUGUUUAGCACGUGUGUGUGUGUGUGUUGUGUGCCCCCGCCUUUAACUUCUUCCUGCAUGCCUGUGCAUGUUCUUCUCAUUCUGUGUGCGUCCCUCAGGUGCGACCAGUAUGUCACCCAGCUGGACGAGAUGCAGAGGCAGCUGGCGGCGGCCGAGGAUGAGAAGAAGACCCUGAAUUCUCUGCUGCGUAUGGCCAUACAGCAGAAGCUGGCUCUCACCCAGCGUUUGGAGGAUCUGGAGGCUCCCAUGUCUCCGCACAGCCUGAACAGCAGCCCACGCCGCUCUCGGGCUAAAGAGCUAGCCGCCAAGUCAGGCCGGGCCCCGCGCAGCCCUCGAAGCAGUCCCGCACGCCCCCCGCUGAGAAGCAGCCCGCGAGCCAGCCCGGUCCUUGGCAGCAGCGUCCCAGCUAUGGCCUCGCAUCACCUGAAGAGUCUCACCAGAAGCCUCCACACAAGCCCAGUAAGAACCUCUCUCUCUCUUUGUCCCGAAGACCAAGUUCAGCAGACGAGCAGCCGCUCUAGCAGGGGCAAAGGUAUCCCUCGAGACGCUACCUUCAUUAGGAGUCAUAGUGUCAGUGAUGUUUUAAACGCAGAUUCAAGUCCGGGUUACUUCUCGACACGUAACAGCUCCACCAGCUCUGUGAACAGCGAGUUAACGGUCAAAACAGAUUCACAAACCAGUGGGUCAAGAAAAAGCGGGUCAGGCCGGAGAGCUUCUGUCCCGACACGUCAGGACACCUUCAUUACCACUCGAGUGGUUCCCGCCUCCUCCACCAAGCUGAAGUCCUCUGUGUUCUCCUCAUCCUCAUCCAUAGAAAAUCUAACCUCUUCUAAAACCUUGUACGUGUGUCCUAACGCAUCAGGAGCAUGGGGUGAAACUAAACAAAAGCCUGAUCCAAAACCAACCGUAGACAGCUCGGUGAGAAGGAAACAGUCAGGGUACAGGUCUAAUUCUGUCCAAGCAGCACCUGCAUGCCGAAACACACACCAGUCUGACGCAGUCUCUUCUCAGCCGAGCGCUAAACCUGCUGCGACUCCACCAACCGCUACACCCUAUGUCAACAAUCCGCCUGGCAAGACCAGGAUGUCAGGGAUCUGUAGAGAGUCGCGGCGUAGACUCGCUGCUUCCACAAGUAGAGCCAAUGAGGAGUCACAUGUUAGCGCUGGUAGGAGUUCCAGUAAUAAACCUCAAGGCACGCCUGCGAGGCCCAGGAGCGCGCACUCCAAAUCAUCACGCAGGCGAUAAGAAGAUUGACCAUUCGAUAGAUUUAGAGUCUUUCCUAAAUUAUUCCAUGAACAAGGGCUGCCCCAAUAAGUCAGUGAUUGAAACUAUCGACUGAGUAGGAGACCUGGAGUUGUAUUUUGAAUCUUUGCACUUUAGUUUUCUAGUUUCGUCAGUUUACAUUGAUCAGUGCAGGAGCAAGUCAGGCUGCUAAAUAAACAAGAAAAGACUCUAAACGAUGACCCUGCUCAACGAAUAAAGAUGUCUUCUUUUUAAACACUAAAAAUCCAGCAAUUAAAGCUGAUAAAUUACUGUACAUCGUUUUCUUAUUAUAAACCACUUUGUUUACUUUGUUCCUCGGUGGGCACAGGGUAAUAGAGGGGCUGUGAGCUGAGCUGCUGUUAGCUAUUUAGUCAGUGCUCUGCUUGUUUUCUUGGCGAGGAUUCCCUCAGUGUUUAAAGGGGAGGAAGGGGGAUAAUGCUGCGCUCGAGUUACCUCGGAAGUCAGAUAUCGGAGCUGAAAAUGACGUCACACCCGAGUUACCAGCGUUCCAGUUACCAAGUCAGAAAAAAGCAAUAUUGGAGGCGGAAACAAAAUGGCUACAUCUAUGAAAGUUAUUUUAGCGCUUGUCUUGUCUGAAUAUAACAAGGACAAGGCAAGUGCUAAAAUAACUUUCGUAGAUGUAGCCAACUUGUCUCCACCUCCUAUUUUGCUUUUCUCUGACUUGAGCUAGUAACUCGGAUGUGACGUCAUUUUCAGCUCCGACAUCCGACUUCCGAGUUAACUCAAACACAGCGUUAUUCUAAAGGGUCUCCACGUCGUAUUAAAACUUAUCCUGUAAUCGAAUCUUCUAACGUGUGGAGUAAAGCGUCUGACUGUUAUAUAAAUAGAUGUUUUCUGAAGCUAAAGGGACUGAGAGCUGAGCUGCGGUGAACUUUGACUUGUUUAAAAGUUUUGAGGGUUAAACUCCAAUGACUAAAGUCGGGAUUAAAAAGUUAAAUGUGCAAUCUUCGAUAUUUGUAAUAAUCCUGUUUUUUUGUACAGAUGCAGUUCAGAUUGGACGUUUGUUUUGGUUUGAUUGUUUACUUUUCUACAUCUCAUCUGAUACCUGUUGGGAGCGCUUCAUUCGCUGAUCCAUUACAUGUUGUAUUGAUCUGUUUUGAUCCUUAUUGAUUACCCUCACCCUUUUUGGCCUUAAUUUCUUUUAAGUUGGACUAAAUUUGUUUCCUUUUUUUUGUCUCUGUCUCACCCUGUCUCUGUAGCGCUGA